AGCGGCUCCAGUGGAUAUUUUGUGGUUUUUGAUCCCUGCGAACCGCCAACAUGGCCCGUGGUCUUGGUGCCGGGCUGGGCCUGCUGGCCAUCGCGGCCUUCGGGAGCUGCUUCUUGGGCGGAGUGCCCACGCAGGUGCCCCGUACGCCGAGCCCCAGGCAGCAUGUGGAAGCCGCUCAGUUCGAUGCUCCCCGUGAGAGCAGCACCUCUUGGGCUGCACCUCUCUUGAGUUUCGGAGCGGCCUUGGGUGUGCUGUUUGGCCUGGUGGCGGCGCAGCCCGCCCAGGCGAUCACCGCCGAGCAGUUCAGCCAGCUCACCUAUAAUCAGGUGCGUGGCUCCGGCCUGGCGAACCGCUGCCCGACGGUGGAGUCCAACGGCUCAGAGGUGCCCGUAAAGGCAGGCUCCAAGCUGAUCAACGCCUGCUUCGAGCCCAAGAGCUUCGCGGUGGAGAUCGACACCGACAACGGCAAGGAGUUCGCCACCACCAAGUUGACGACCCGUCAGACCUACACCUUGGCGUUCGUCGAGGGGACUUUGGACCCCAACCCCAUCACCUUCAAGGAGCAGGACGGCAUGGACUUUGCCGCCACCACCGUGAAGCUGCCCGACGGCGAGUAUGUCCCCUUCCUCUUCACGGUGAAGGAGCUGGUGGCCAAGGGCGAGGGUAGCUCCUUCAAGCCGGGCUUCACCUGGGGCGGCGAGUUCAGUGUGCCCUCCUACCGCACCGGUGGCUUUCUCGACCCCAAGGCGCGUGGCAUGAACUUGGGCUACGAUCAGGUGGUGGGCCUGCCAGCCAUGCAGGCCGAUGGCAAGAGUGGCCAGGAUGAGAUCUUCAAGGAGACCAACAAGGUCUUUGACGUGGGAAGAGGCGCCAUUGAGAUGGAAGUGAACAAGGUGAAUCAGGAGUUGGGCGAGAUCGGCGGUGUCUUUGUGUCCAAGCAGCCCUCGGACACGGACAUGGGUGCCAAAGAGCCCAAGACGAUCUUGCUGAAGGGCAUCUUCUACGGCAAGGUCGUCAGUUCCUGAGCCUCCGCAACACGUCGUUCUUCUGACCCCGCCAUGACCUUUUCCGUGCGCCCAUUUCUUUCCGGCGCCCCAGCCGGAACUUCGCCGCCCGUGCCGGGCGAAGGGAGAAAAAAGGCGCCCCAUUUCGGCGCGGGGAGGAUGGCAGAGGUG